AUGAAGUACAGAGGGAAAAGGUUUUUGGGGAUGAAGGCCAAGCUAAGACCCCCAAUCGUCUUCUUCCUGUGUUUCUGCUUCUUUCUUGCCGGGAUGUUUGGAUCCAUCAUUAUAUCCCAGGAUGUAAAUAAGGAUGGGUUUAGGCAUAAAUUGGCUGAAGAGUUUCGGCGCGAAGAAGGCGACCCGACGGUUCAUGGUGAAACUGGAGAAUCUGUUGUGGCCUCUAUCCCAUUUCAGAUUUUGAGCUGGAGGCCACGGGCCCUUUAUUUUCCUAAUUUCGCGACUGACGAACAGUGCCAAAGUGUGAUUGAAAUGGCGAAACGCAAGCUCAGACCUUCAUCACUUGCUUUGCGGAAGGGAGAGACAGCUGAGAGCACGAAGGGUAUAAGAACGAGUUCAGGCACGUUUAUCAGAGCAUCAGAAGACAAAAGGGGCCUUCUGGAGUUUAUCGAGAAGAAAAUUGCUAGAGCAACAAUGUUACCAAGAAGCCAUGGGGAGGCUUUUAAUGUUCUGAGGUAUGAAGUGGGACAAAGAUACGCUUCUCACUACGACUCGUUCGACCCAGCAGCAUAUGGCCCACAGAAAAGCCAAAGGAUUGCGUCUUUCUUGCUGUACCUAUCUGAUGUGGAAGAAGGUGGAGAAACCAUGUUUCCUUUUGAGAAUAGCUCUAACAUGAAUAUUGGAUAUGAUUACGAAAGCUGCAUCGGUUUAAAGGUGAGGCCACGGAGAGGGGAUGGUCUUCUGUUCUAUUCGGUUUUUCCAAACCUGACUAUUGAUAAGACCUCACUACAUGGAAGCUGUCCGGUUGUGAAGGGUCAGAAAUGGGUUGCCACAAAAUGGAUCAGGGACAACGAAGCGAUGGAAUUCCACUGA